CCGCCUUCAAUUGGGAGAAUCCGUUCGAUCUAGAGUCGCAAUUGACACAGAACGAAAUCCUGAUGAGGGAUCAGUUUCGUUCCUACUGCCAGGAGCAUCUCCUGCCGAACGUGAUCGAAGCAAAUCGAAAGGAACACUUCGAUCGGGAGAUUGUAAAGCAGAUGGGACAGCUCGGGGUGUUGGGCUGCAUCAUGAAGGGCUGUGGUGGCGCCGGGGUAUCCUCAGUGGCUUACGGGCUCCUCGCCAGGGAAAUUGAGAAAAUCGACAGCGGGUGUCGAUCGGCGUUCUCGGUGCAAUCCUCUCUUUCGAUCGAUGCGAUCUACAUGUUCGGCAGCGAUGCUCAAAAAGAAAGAUUUACACCUAAAAUGGUUUCCGGGGAAAAGAUCGGUUGUUUUGGCUUGACGGAGCCCAAUCAUGGUAGUGACCCAGGAGCCAUGGAGACUAGAGCCAUUUACGUCUCCGAUAAAAAGGUCUACAAAUUGAACGGCAGCAAAACAUAGAUCACAAACUCGCCUGUCGCCGACGUGUUGAUAGUAUGGGCGAAAUAUGAUGACGGUCAGAUCUGUGGGUUCGUCAUCGAGAGAGAAGCUGCGGGAGAUCGGUUGUCUACCCCAAAGAUUGAAGGGAAGUUUUCUCUAAGAACGUUCAUCACCGGCAUAAUUCUAAUGGACAACGUAAUCGUGCCAGAGGAAAAUUUAUUGAACGUUCAGGGACUCAAAGGUAAAUUUAACUGCCUAUUACAUGCGCGAUACGGCAUCGCCUGGGGUGCGUUAGGCGCGGCAGAAGCUUGCCUGAACAUUGCUAGAUCUUACACUUUGGAGAGGAAACAUUUUAAAAGACCGCUGGCGGCGAAUCAGCUUGUACAGAAAAAACUGGCGGACAUGAUGUGCGACGUCGCAAUCGGUCUUCAAGCUUGCUUUCGAGUCGGCAGACUGAAGGAUGAGAAUAUAGCUGCGCCGGAAAUGAUUUCCGUCAUUAAGAGAAACUCGACCAUCAAAGCGCUGGAGAUCGUGCGAGCCGCGAGAGAUAUGCUAGGCGGAAAUGGGAUCUCGGACGAGUACCAUGUGAUUAGGCACAUGAUGAACCUGGAAACGGUCAACACUUACGAAGAUACAAGCGAUAUUCACUCUUUGAUUCUCGGGAAGGCGAUCACUGGUAUUGCUGCGUUCUCAGGAUAA